CCGCUCGCCUGCUGAAGUCACUAGCAGGCAGACACAGUCUGGCGAGCCUCUCACGCGGAUACAGGGCAAGCGAACUCUGCAAGACAUCACACAAUCGCCAGGUUACGCAUCAUGUGUGACAACAAUACAGUCUAGUGGGUGUUGUGUUGUUAUUUUGUCUAUCGUGACGCAGUAUUUUUGGAGGACGAAUUGCCGAUCGUUAUAGAAGUGCACGCCGUUGCGUCUGUCCACGAGGGGUAGCUGUUUGAAACUCGACGUUGCGCUGAGGUGCAUGUGAUACAAUUCACUUUAUAGUAUUGUACCAGCCUGGAAAGCGGAGAUUUCCACGGACGGAAUAGUGCAGCCGCCAAACUGUACCCAGCAACAGCAUUCUUGCCCAUUCGCAUUUUCUUUCACGUCGGAGCACUCCUAUAAAGAGAUCAAGAAAAGAGAGAAGACGGAGUCCGACGACGGUUGGAGACUGAGUCCUUAUGAAGACCAGGGUGACAACGCCAUUGUAGAUUGUUCCUCUAACUAUGACGGGCAUGGAAGGAAACGGUAUAUUGAAACACGAGAUUCACAACGGAUUGGUACCAAUGAACGGAAAUCAGAAUGGAACCUCUGGAAGGUCAUCACCAAAUGGUGGCGGUGGCAGUGGGGGUGAUCCAGCACCAGGAAAGCUAUUUGUUGGAGGUCUCAGCUGGCAGACGUCAUCAGAAAAGCUGAAGGAAUAUUUUGGGAUGUUUGGAACUGUUACAGAUGUUUUGAUUAUGAAAGAUCCAGUGACACAGAGGAGCCGUGGCUUUGGUUUCAUCACAUUUGAGGAUCCACAGACUGUUGAGAAAGUGCUCAAAGUGCCAAUACACACACUGGAUGGCAAAAAGAUUGAUCCAAAACAUGCUACACCGAAGAACAGGGGCAAAGUCACCAACCGGACCAAGAAAAUAUUUGUAGGUGGUGUGAGCCAAGACACAUCAUCUGAUGAAGUGAAAGCAUAUUUCAAUCAGUUUGGAAAAGUCGAAGAAACUGUAAUGCUGAUGGACCAGCAAACAAAACGUCACCGAGGAUUCGGUUUCGUCACGUUUGAAGAUGAAGACACGGUAGACCGUGUCUGUGAGAUUCACUUCCAUACCAUCAAAAAUAAGAAAGUAGAAUGCAAACGUGCACAGCCUAAAGAAGCUGUUCAAAGUGCUCUACUGGGAAAGAGAGUAGUUUUGGGUCCUCUGGGUGUCCGGGUAGGUGCAGCACCACCUCUAACCCCUGCUGGACAGCUGGCUGCAGCACAGGUUCAUGUACAAGCUGCCGCCCAAGUGCAGAAUGCAGCAGCCCUGGCUGGUUAUGGAAAACUCUUUGGAGCAUACCCAGCACUGGCAAGUUACCGCUAUGCUCCGUAUCCCUUACCAGCUGCCGCAGCCGCUCCUGCUCCGGCUCCUACUACUGCAGCCGCAGCCGCCGCUGCUGCUGCCACACCGGCCCUGGCUCCUCCAACUGCUUUACCAGCCAACCCCUACCAGGGCUACAGUCUGACCAACGUCGAUAUGUCUAGCUUCCAAGGUGUGGACUGGGGGUCCAUGUACGGAAUGGGAAUGUACGUCUGAAGUGUGCCAUUCCUUGCAAUUUGCUACAGGAGGUUUUGUAAAAUUGUAGUGCGAGUGUGACUUGUGAGCGUCAGCUCCCUAUCCUGUAACCUUUAAUCUUUUUUUUUAGAAGAAAUUGUGAAUAGCAAGUGAAUAGUGGUGCCACUUUUGGUCUAGGAAAAAAGUAGAAAAAUUAUUAGUACCCUCCCCCACUCCACCCUACCCAGAUUCCUUCUUGUUACAGGCACAAUAUUGCAUGCCCGCUUGCUCACAAUACUGUUCCAAUAUGGACUGAUGAGCAUCCCUAGCAUUAAGCAAUAACUUGCAAUAAGCAGUAUUAUUGUCGUCUUGAUAAACAUCUUCCUCUGUAACUCGUUCAGAUGGAGAAUCCUCCUAUGGAACACUGUCUGCAUGCAAGGCAAAGCCCAAAAUUUGAUAUCAGCUCUGUAACGGAGGAGUGAUGUCUCCUGAUAUGAAAGUGACAGCAGCCCACAUAUUAUGGGCUGUAAGAUAACUCUUAUUAAAGGCUGCUUUUCAGUGUCAAAUUGCGUUUAGGGUCUGGUAUGUGCAAUGGUAAUUAAUUACCAUCGCUAAAUUUGGUAGGAAAAUAACUAUCUUUUGAGUAAAAAUUAAAAUGCCAUCGUGAUAGAUUCUUCCAUUUGAGAAGUAUUAACAGAUCUCGAAGUCUUUUGUUCUUUGUUGCCACUUUAAAGAGGCACAGUGGCAUAACAACAAAGUAUAUGCAUUUACCUGUGGGGGCAUGUUUUGAAAUUUCUUUGAAACUUUUUGUGCCAGCAAAAACUUAAAUCCUGUUGAUCCAACAGCUGCAGCUUAUAAAUCUUGCUAAAUGAGACUGUUUCCCUUGAAAGAACUGCAAGUUGCAGUAUCUAGUCAGGAGGCUGAAGUGGCCUCGCACUUCCCACAUUAUCUCUCAUCUAAGCAUAAGUAAUUGUAAUUGUAAUGUGUCCCAUCGAUGUUCCACAGUGAAUUUAGUGUAGAAUAGUUCUAUUGGAGGACUGAGUAUUAUUUAUGUACCAACCGAAAUUGUUUGUUGUUCAAAUGUAAAAAAAUCUUACAUACGUACAUUUGUUCAUUCACCUGUCAACAUUCCAUAGUUCAUGUACCAUGUCAAAAUUGCAUGAGGGACUUGUGUAUCUCUCAUUAUUAUGCAUCGAUUUUUCAACAUGUGAGAUUUGCGGACCAAUAAUUAACAGGAGCUCCGACUGUUCCUGCAGUGAAACUAAGAGCAUGUAUGCUGCCUUUUUAUUACUCCCCUGGGAGUAAUUUCUCCAUGCUGUCUGUUCCCUGAGGGCAGGUGUUGAAAUGUUACUAGUUGCUUUAAGGUUACUAAUAUUUAUUUGUAAGAAUGUAUUUUAUUUUCCUGUGUUCAUUUUUUAAAUUUUUUUAAGUAUGUGGUUAAGAGAUGUCGCCAAAUUGAAAAGCGGAAUAACUACUUUAAGUUCCUACCAUUUUGUUUUUACUGAACUGAUGUUUGAUGUUCCCAGUGCUUGUAGAGUUUGCUCUUAGUUUCGCCUGCAUCAUAAGAUGACAGUGGAAAUUGCAGGCAUAAUUUGAAAUGCCUGCAGGUCACAAAUGUAUGGUCACAAGUGUGCUUUGCCUCUAUAGAGGUUAAAAUUUUUUUGAGUGUUAAAUCCUUUUGUAAUACUGUAGAUACAACUGCCUACAUGAAAAUCGGGAACUGCAGGUAUUAUUACUCUGUGUAUACAUGAUAGUCUUUCCCAACUCUGAAGUACUUUUUGAACAUUCUCUGCAAAACCCAAGACAUGGACUUCUACAGCCCAUGAUCACAGUUAUAGGAAAACUUACCAGCAAUUUUGGUUUAACUUAAAACUCCAUUUGUUAGCUUUAGAGGUGUAGAUAAACAAUGCAAUACAUUGUUUUCUGUGUCAGGUUGUGUUGUGAUGAUAUGUAUGUUCUCUUGCAAAGUGUGACCAGUAAUGUAAUUUGUUCUUUAACGGAAAAAAAGCGUUCUGUAUGUUCUUUUGUAGUGAUAAUUCAAAGACUGAGGCAGGUGUUUCUUACGAAUACAUGUAUAGUUGAAGUUUUUGUUUGUUAUCCUAGAAUGGAUGUAAGACUGGAUGCUAAUCAAGCAGCCAGCUUUCAUAGGGUAAGAUAAAGGGUUUUCGCAGAGAAUUAAUCCCAAGCAGAAGGGAGAUAUGAGUACAUUUGUGAUAUAAUUUAUAAGCUUGUUAAGCUUAGCAAGUAAUUUAAUUUGUCAUUAAAAGUUAAAUUUAUUUUCCAUGGUGCCAUUUACCAUGCUCAUAACUCCGAUAUUAAUGGUUAUAUCUACUCUUUGUUCAUAUGUUCCUUUUGCUUGGGUGACAAUACCCUUUUAUAAUAUUAAAACAGCAAUAAGUGUUUUAAGGAAAGAAAGGAUGAAACCCUCUAUUUUUGUAUUUAAUUCUAAAUGAUAAGAGCAAAUAAAGUUUGUAUUUUUUCUUUGAAAGUCUCUCUUGUGGUGUUCAUGCAGGCACCACAAUGAAGGAAAAUAUUUUAAAAGAGAGGGUUGGUCUGAAAACAGAAAAAACAACAAAAAACAGAACUAUGUACUCCUUAUCCUUACUUCUACUAGUUAUUUCUGUUUUUGGUGGUUUGUCGUAUUUUAAAAGUUGUAGUAAUAAGUACACUUUACUAGUUCCUUAGUGUUAGAUGUUUUUUGUAGUCUGUGUGUAGUAGUAGUGGGGCUGGAUGGACUGCCAUCUGGUAGCAAAUACUUGCACUUGUAGAGCAGUUCUGAAUAAAGUAGUUUCAUAGUAGA